ACGCAGAGUGGACGGUUUAAUACAUAAAUAUUCAAGUGUGCGAAGUUUUCGUGAGGAGCAUUAAAGAUAGCAGAUAAUAGCAGCAGCAGAUCUUAGCAGCAACAUGUCUUCGCCGGUGGUAGUGAAGCAGCUUCCUAUAGAGGAAGAGUACGCUAAGAAGACGGGAGUCACUCCUGAGGAUGUAGCGCAGCUGCGGGCUUGGCUGGGCACUCAGCCUCACCUGCCAGGAGAUCUCAUUACAGACCUAGAACUGGUGCUCGUAUACCACUGCUGCCAUCGCAGCGCCGAGGUCUCCAAGCAGGUCUUAGACCUGCACUUCACUCUCAAGGCCCUCUUUGAGAACUUGUUCAAGGACCUGUUGGUAAACGAAAAGAUCUUCGCCUCUCUUUCUGCCGCCGUGGUGUUGCCGUUGAAAGCUCGUGCUCACGACGGCUCGGCGAUCACCUACUGCAGCAUUAUUGAUCCAGAUGCCAGGAAGUACGUCUUCAUCGAUGGACUUAGAGUGGCGCUGAUGUUGUUAGAGCUGACACAAGCGGAGCAGGGCACGUGGCCCGGGCUGCAGAUCGUCUUCGACAUGAGGACCUUCAGUCUGCAGCACCUGGCCAAGAUGGACCUGCAUACUGUGCAGCAGUUCAUGUAUUAUCUUCAGGAAGCCAUGUUAGUCCGCGUGACCGGGAUCCACUUCAUGAACGCUCCGGUCUUCAUGGACCGAGUCCUGAUGCUCAUCAAGCCCUUCAUGAAGAAGACCCUCAUGGACGUGCUGUUCGUACAUCAGACUGGUUCCGGGACCCUGGAGAAGUAUAUCCCGGUAGAGGGGCUGCCUGAGGAAGCGGGCGGGGAUUAUAUAUCUGUGAUGAAGGCUAGUGCGAACCUACAAGAGCGCCUGAGACUAAACAAAGACUUCUUCGAGCAGAGGAACAAAAGGAGAGUUGUAGAGGCGCUCCGCCCCGGCCGCCCUAAAACCAUCAGCGACAUCUUCGGGGGCAUCGAGGGGUCCUUCAAGAAACUCGACAUCGACUAGUCUUCGACGUCGUAUCGAAUCGACUAAUCGUAAGGCUUCUUCGAAUUUAAAUAAGUUGAAUUUCUCUUGCGAGUGUGGAGCGGGCUUAUUGGUCCGCAAAAAUGUGACACCAGCCGGCAAUAGCCUGAAUUUGAAGAAACGCAAUUUUAUUUUCACCACACCAGCUCGGAAAGGCUUACUUUGCACUUCAAAAACUGAUAGCAAAGUUGCAUUUUAUUCACAUGUGAGACAAAGUAAUCAAAUGCAAAUUUUGAGUUGGUUUCUUAUGUUUGCUGGUAGAAAUGACUUUUAAAUGAUGAUUUUGGAUGAUAAAUAUUUAAUAACAUUCAUUUGGAUUUGAUUAGGUUUGAUUUUGUUUAAUAUUGUACAUUUAAUAUUUGCUUCAGGUUGGUGUGGUGAAAAAUUUUGUGUUUCACUCGGGGGCAAAUUUUGUUUAACCCUCGUGCUUUGAAACCCUCGCUACGCUCAAGAUUCCAUUUUUCGAACCACUCGCUAAGCUCGUGGUUCAAUUUUGGAAUCUUUCGCUUGCUCGGGUAUCAAUAUUAGCACGAGCGGUUAAACAACAACUUUGCCCCCGAGUGAAACAAAUAACUAUUAAAUAAUUUUUGACGUCGAAAUGGUACUGAUUGUGAGCAACACAAUCGCUUGCAGAGUCCAUGCAGAGUUGGAUUUGGUCCAACUCUAGUACAAUGGACAGUUAACAGUAUGCAAAUACAAAUACAAAUGGUUUAUUCGCAGUAAUAUGGUUACAUAGUAUGGUGGUCUUAAGUAGGUACAAAAUUGUUCUACAUAUUACGCCUUUUCUGGGCAAUGGUAGUGGACGUCAAAGAUAUGUUUACACUUUUGCACUAAUAAGGUGAAAUAGUAAACAUCUAUGACGUCGACUACAUACUAGUUAGACCAAAAAAAGACUGCAGCGAUUUUGAUAGCCACGCAGUGCAAAUGUUAUUUAUACGUCAUAAUUUUAUAGAAAUUUGAACGCACGCAGUGCAAGUGUUAUUUUAUACGUCAUAAUUUUAUAGAAAUCUGACGUUUAAAAUAAAACUUGCACUACGUGGGCUAUCAAAUUCGCUGCAGAAUUUUCUUGGUCUAAAUCCUAGUAACUUUCGAAAGCUUUCAUAUUAAUUUAGGUUGUUUGGAAAGUUAGCAUUUGCCCCCUUUUUGUACUAUUUUUUGCAAUUAUUAUGUGUGCUGUGAUAUUUUAUAAAUAAAUGAAGUUAUUUACU